ACCCAAAAAAAAAAAACACAAAAAAACAAGCCUAAACUUUAUAUACUUCUCUAAAGGUUGAGUAACCGAGAUAAUUAUGAAACAAAAAUAAAUGCAGCAGGACCCUAUGUGUCAUCUCCAGCAUAAGAAAUCCCUAGCUCAGAGUUUAUUCAGUUAUAUGUAAUAUGACUUAGUGUUUUAUAAAGUUCUGCAUAUAUUUGUUUCCGUAUAUUCUGCGAAUUUAUUUUUAUAUUAAUCACUUGGUUUCGUAAACGUACAAGGAAAAAUGAAUGAAAUGUUCAAAGAAUGAACUGAAUGAAUGUUCAAAGAAAUCUUAAGGAUUUGUAAGAGUACUUUUCUGUUGCCAAAAUUAUUGUAAUGGACUUGUGAAGGAAUUCCCUUUGGACUAGAUCCAUUGUUGGUGGUGUCCAGGGCUCAUGUUAGUGGCUAAAUUGCAUUGUUCCCCAUAGGGCCAUAUGCUUCAUUAAAACCUGGAAAAUCACUAUCACCUGUGACCCUCAUCAAGGACAUUGGUGAUAUUUAAAAAUUAUUAAGUUUUCUGUGUAUAUUUUAGUGUUAUAGACUACUAUUCCAAAUUAGACUUGCUUUUAGUAUAUCAUUUUACACAGUUAAUCUAUAAUUCAUUACCUGAGCACACCAGGGGAGGCAGUGUUGUAAACUGUAGACUGGUAAGCCCCUUGGUGAAACCAUGCUUUGUAUUUUUAACAUGAAUAAUUAUAUUUAAAAUCAAGCAAAACUUAGUUUUAUGCCUGGUUUUCUUUGAAAAUAUGUAUUUGUUAUCCAAGGAUUGCAGUUUAUGACAUUUUGAUGCUUUAUUAAUAUGUUUGCUGCUGCUACCAAGAGCUUUGUUAAGCAAGUUGGAGAUGGAGGGAGAUUAGUUCCUGUUCCAAGCCUCAGUGAGGCUGACAAAUACCAACCUCUAAGUCUGGUGGUAAAAAAGAAGCGGUGUUUUCUGUUUCCUAGAUAUAAAUUUACCUCAACACCUUUUACACUGAAAGAUAUUCUUCUAGGAGACAGAGAAAUUUCAGCUGGUAUUUCAUCUUAUCAGUUGUUGAAUUAUGAAGAUGAAUCAGAUGUUUCACUCUAUGGAAGGAAAGGUAACCACAUUGUGAAUGACGUUGGGAUUAACGUUACUGGAUCAGAUUCCAUUGCAGUAAAAGCUUCAUUUGGUGUUGUAACCAAACAUGAAGUGGAAGUAUCAACACUACUCAAGGAAAUUACUACCCGAAAAAUUAAUUUUGACCACAGUUUGAUACGUCAGUCAAGGAGCAGCAGAAAGGCAGUAUUAUGUGUGGUCAUGGAAAGCAUUCGAACCACACGACAGUGCUCUCUCUCUGUACAUGCUGGAAUUCGUGGGGAAGCCAUGCGGUUUCAUUUUAUGGACGAACAGAAUCCCAAGGGAAGGGACAAAGCUAUUGUUUUUCCAGCACACACAACCAUAGCUUUCAGUGUUUUUGAACUCUUCAUUUACCUGGAUGGUGCCUUUGACCUUUGUGUCACUUCAGUGUCAAAAGGAGGAUUCGAAAGAGAAGAAACAGCAACAUUUGCACUCCUCUACAGAUUGCGAAAUAUACUAUUUGAAAGAAAUAGAAGAGUGAUGGAUGCCAUUUCUCGUUCACAGCUUUACUUAGAUGAUCUUUUUUCUGACUCCUAUGACAAACCUCUCAGCAUGAGGGAUAUUUCACUCCAAGAAGGGACUCAUAUCCGAGUUAAUUUACUUAAUCACAACAUUCCAAAAGGACCUUGCAUACUCUGUGGCAUGGGGAACUUUAAAAGGGAGACGGUUUAUGGGUGCUUUCAGUGCUCUGUUGAUGGACAGAAGUAUGUGAGACUUCAUGCAGUUCCUUGUUUUGAUGUUUGGCACAAGAGAAUGAAAUAAAAUGGAAAAUGAAUGUACCGUG